UGCUAUAUUGCUUGUUACUUAAAACCGGCUUGAGCAAGUUGAAGAAUUUAUAUGAAAAAUUGUUUGACAGUAUAAGAAAUAAUGAAUUCGUCCAAAAUGUUGCGAAUGUUGUUGUUGAACGAUACGAUUCACCAUCGCCUUUGUCAAUCGUCGAGUUUUAGAAGAACGUUUCUGUCGGAGGCAUACGCUUGUCAAGAGGCUUGGGACAAGAGGCUACAAACUCCACUUUUAAACAAAAUCAAGCCUGUCGACUUCUUCUUGGAAAUUGACAGAAGAUUUCAGAAUGAAAUCAAAGUGCAUCCUGUGGAUAUUGAUAUUUUUGCUAAUGUUAUAAGAGAUAACAGUCACAUCGAUGAAUUGUCGGAUGUGCUAUAUAAACUGAGAAUGACAAGAGAGACGUCCUGGACAUUGCCCUCGACCCAUCAUGCAGUUGUUAGGUAUUAUUUGAGUGUUGAUGACAUCAAUUCUUUAAUGACAAUCUUAAACGACAGACUGAAUUAUGGUAUAUUUUGUGAAUAUUUUGACUAUAACUUGAUAAUGGAUUACUGCAUUAAAAAAGAAGAUUAUGCCAAUGCUGCUAAAACAUCAACAUUUAUGAUGCUUCAAGAGGAAUUUGAGAAUCCCCUCAGUAAUGCUUUGGCUUUGUACUCUUGUUUUAAAUACUUGGAAAAUCCUGAUACAUGGGUGGAAGAAGAUCCACAAGUUAGAAAAAUGAACAAUGAACCCAAAGAAGAAGUCAAAAUAAGGGUCAAGUAUAUCAUAAACCCCUUUUUUGAUGAUCAUUUCGAUCUAUGGAAACCAUCAGACUUGAUUGGCAAAACAUUGCUUGGUAUUGGUCGAACAAUUGAUACUCCCUUGGGAAGAUCUGCUCAGUUACGAGGAGCAGUUCUAUACAAAAAAUAUGAUCAAAUAAUUCCAGUAGUAAAACAAUGGUUACAAGAUGGAAAAGAUGAAAUUGUCUAUAAAGAAGUCAUUUCACUAAUAAAACAAGAUGCACCGGCCCUUUUUGCAGAAGAUUCUAAAGAAAAAGGAAAAACUGAAACCGAAGUACAAAAACCUGGAGAAAUGGCAUGUGAGAAAAAACAAUUUGAAGAACAACUUACCAAAGAUGGUAAACAAUUGAAAUCACUGCUUUUAGAUUUAGAGAAAACCAAUCUAUAUCAAGGAAACAUAAUAGAAGAUUUUGAAAAGUUGGUGAAAAAAUCUGUAGAAUAUCAUGCUGAACAAGAUAUAAAAAAUCAAAAAGAGAUAUAUGAAAAAUGGGAAGCUCAUAGAAUUAAUGUACUUGAGACACAUAAGGACGAAAUUGAUAGGCAACAAAGAUUAGAGAAAGUGGAACAACUUAAGAAAGAACUUGAAGAAAAAGAAAAAGUUCUUACAUUCUUUGAUAAGCAGGAUCAAAUUGAGUUAGAAAUUGAGACAAAAUUGAAAGAAGAAAAAUUGAAAUAUGGUAAGGAUCUCAAGAAAUUAGGUAGAGAUAGAUUUGAAGGUGUUGAAUAUAAGCAGACCUAUAAAAAAAAACAUGACUUCUAAUCUUUUUUAAUUUGUUGAAUCUAUAAAAAAAUUUUGU